AUGGAUACUAUUAAAUUGGAAAACGAGGAAAUAAUUGAGGUGGUCAAUAGUGAAGCCGACACUGAAUCACCAUCUUACAGUGAAGAAUCAGAAUCUUAUUACCAAGAUUUAAGACAAACUGGUUUACAAAUUUGUACUGAAGAUUAUCCUGGGCAAUUUAAUUUUGAUUUUUUUUUAGAUUCUACAGAAAUGUCUAAAAGGCAUUGGAUGUAUUCUGCCGUUUUGAAUAAAGUAUACAUUGAUAUGAAUCGAGUACUGCCUAUUCAGUUCCAAUGGAAAUUUGAUGAUAUUGGAUUAUUAGGAAUAAAAAAUCUUCAAAUACGUGCAUUACCAAUUUUUGCAAAUUCUGAAUUUCAACAGUUGUCUAUCAAACGUUGCCCUAUACAUAUUAUGCAGGAUAAAUUGUGUGAUAGAAAAAAAAUGGAACAUAUACUUUGGUGUGAACAAAGUGAUGCUGUAUAUGAACAAAAUCACAUGAGCCAAAGGCACAGUGUUAUUGCCAUUGUUCAUAAUUUUGUACCUUGUUCAGAUUUUAAAACUUACAAUGUGUUAUAUAAAUUUAUGUGCAAAUCUAGUUGUAGUAUGAGUCUUAGCCGAAGACCCGUUUAUGUAAUUUUUACUUUAGAAACUUUACAUGGACAAGUAUUAGGUAGAAAAAAAAUUGGUGUAAAAGUUUGUAGUUGUCCAAGGAGAGACAUGUUAAAAGAAGAAGAAAUAGAAAAAAAAAGAAUAAAUGGAGUAAAUGCUUUUAACAAACGUACAACAUUAAUUGAGGAUAGUGAAAUUCCAGGAAAAAUACGGAAAACUAUUAGUGAUAAUACCGAAGAAAAAAUUUAUGAACUACCAUCAUUACCUAUUCUGGGAAAACAAUUAUAUUUAAGCACUUUAGAAUUAUUACAUGGUCAUUUUUUGGGCAGUGCCGUUCGAGAAGAUCGUUUAAUAGACUCACAUCCUUUGAUUAGCAUGCUUUCUGAUCUAAUAUCUCAAGUGAAAUCUGAAAAUAAUCAUAACAACAAAGCUGAUUCGGAAAACCAAUUAACUCGGACAAAUUAA